GAUGAUGACGGUGACUCGAAGAGGCUCGACCGUUUUUGAAAAACACAGAAAGUUGCAGGCGCGCGCUCCGGCGCCACGUGUCGGGUCCCCUUCCUCCUUUGUUCCUCGUUUCAUGCGUCCACCUGGAACGCAACGGCUCCUCCUCACUCGCUGACCCGACCGCCCGUUCGUUCGUCCGGACGUUUUUCUUCUUUCCUCUUCUUCUUGCUCGUUCUCCGUUCCGAUGAUAAUCUCGUCCUUCCCAGGUUAUCUUUGUCGAGAAGCGGUUUGUCAUCUCCCUCGUUAGCUUCCAAAAGUAAAUCUUGGGUUUUUCAGUUUCAAACUUUUUUGUUUUCUUGAUCUUGCCUUUUUUAAGAUCUCCAGGCGAAAUCCCCAUCUCCAUCUUGCCUCAGCUGAGGUUCCUGGGCCAGUUUUGAACCCGAAGAGAGAUCCUUUUUUUGCUCAAACCCCCAUGUGCAUUUUGGAAACCAUCUUGCGAAAAGUUCUCAGCUUUGGCCUUGAAAGACCCGUUUCAGGAAAUGGACCCGGCAUUUUCCCGAGACAUGCUCGGUCAGAUCAGUAACAAGGCACAAGCCUUUCGCUGUUGAUCUGCUGAAGUGGAUCCAGUGUCUGGUGAGCGAGUCAGCUGGAUAAUGUGAGAAAAUGGCUGGGCAUAGAGAGGAAGAGCCUGUUUAUGAGAUUGCGGUGGCAGUGCCAAAGAGGAGAGGGAAAGAAGGAGAUGAGAGCGAGGACUGUGUGGAGGUUCUCGUGGAUGAAUUCAGGAAAGUGGGGUUGAUAACUGAGAGAGUUGUUGGCAUUGCAGAUGAGUUCAUCAAGCUGGCAGCUCCUUUGGAAAUUUUAGGAAGGACAGCCGCUGAGUUACGUAUGAGGAAACCAACACAUAUUGGGAUGGACUUGCAAUUUGAGUGGGACGAUGUCAAUGCUUUUGUGCGACAGCCGGAUGGUUCAUUGUUCAGCUGGUGUGAGCGUUUUCAUUUCUACCGCCACUUGAUAUACGGGAUAGUGAAUAAGAGUCAGUCAGAUGUUAUUCUAAAGUGGGAUGCUGAAGAAAUCCACUGGGAGCCUGGUGAACCUUUACUACAAAGAUUGGAAUCAGAGAACAUCGUCAAACAAGUGUUUCCUAUACAUGUUGAAACAAAGAGGAAAGAGCUUCUGAGAAGCUGGGCGUUGAAUUGGUUGGACUUCACAAAACAGCCAAUUGAUGAUAUUUACUCUUACUUUGGCACAAAGAUUGCAGUCUAUUUCGCUUUUCUUGGAAUGUAUACUCGGUGGAUGCUGUUUCCUGCAGGGCUUGGGCUCAUUUCACAGUUAAUUGAUUUUGGGCCCUUCCAACUGCUAGUCCUCCCAAUUUUCUUUGUAAGCAUCACAUUAUGGGCUGUAGUGUUUUUCCAGUUCUGGAAGCGUAAAAACUCCGCCCUUCUAACCAGUAUAAGGACUUCCCACUGUUGGAAACUUCUCCACCUUCUCUGGACCUGGUGGUGUAGUUGGCAGAUCAGUUAUUCAGUUGGAGCUGACCCUGGUUAUGACCUGGGCUAUCAGCUCUCUGGCAAAGAAUGGAGCUCGGUACAGUCACCUGUGGAACUGGCUGUUAAAGAAGGGCAAGAUAGAAGGAAGGAUGAGGAAAAGUUUCAAAGAGAAGAAUGGUUCGGAGCUUUUCUGAGGGUCAGGAACGAUGCUAUAGUUAUCUUGAGUAUCAUAUGCCUCCAGUUGCCAUUUGAAUUGGCCUAUGCACAUCUUUACGAGGUUGUUGGAUCUGAUGUUAUAAAGUUUGGGCUGACAGCCAUCUAUCUCUUCCUCAUUCAGCACUUCACAAGGAUUGGGGGUAAAGUAUCGGUUCAGCUGAUUAACCAUGAGAAGAAUGUUAGCAGAGAAUACCGGGCUGAUAGUUUGGUCUAUAAGGUUUUCGGUCUCUAUUUUAUGCAAUCGUAUAUUGGACUUUUCUACCAUGCCCUUCUGCACCGGAACUUCAUGACUCUCCGUCAAGUCUUGAUUCAGCGCCUCAUCAUCUCAGAGGUGUUGGAAAACCUUUGGGAGAACUCUUUACCCUAUCUAAAGUACAGUUAUAAGAAACACAAAGUUAGAAAGAAGAAAAGGGGUGAAAAAGGAUCAACAAAGGGCAGGAUUCAAUUUGCAUCGAGGGUAGAAAAGGAGUAUCUGAAACCGUCCUACUCUGCAAGCAUUGGGGAGGAGCUCGAGGAUGGGCUGUUUGAUGACUUCUUGGAGUUGGCAUUACAAUUUGGAAUGAUCAUGAUGUUCGCUUGUGCAUUCCCUCUUGCAUUUGCCUUCGCUGCCUUGAACAACAUCACCGAGAUUAGGACAGAUGCACUGAAGCUGUUAGUUAUGAUGAAGAGACCCGAUCCUCGUGCCGCUGUGACCAUUGGAGCUUGGUUGAAUAUAUUUCAGUUUCUAAUAGUGAUGUCCAUAUGCACAAAUUCCGCUCUCCUGGUAUGUUUAUACGAUCAGGAAGGAAAAUGGAAAAUUGAACCUGGACUCGCGGCAAUCCUAGUCAUGGAACAUGUGCUCCUGCUCAUCAAGUUCGGAGUUUCUCACUUUGUUCCUGAGGAACCUGCAUGGGUGAGGGCGAACCGUGUGAAGAAUGCAACGCAGGCGCAGGACGUGUGCUCCAGACAGUUGUUGAGAAAGAUAUCGGCUGGAGGGAAGCUGUCCCACGAAGCUACCAAGGACGAUUGAGGGACGCUGUUUCGUCUGUUCGAGAUUUUGUUGGUGCUCGCCUCGUUUUCAGACUCCACCCACUUCCCACAUUGUGUAUACAACAAGUUUCCUCUCAUAGUUGCAUCACCUUUAGCUUGGCAA